AUCGCGAUAUUACUCUAUUGAUGUCUAGUACUGCACUAGAAGGUGUCAGUGAGGUUAGAGGGGGUAAGAAUUGUUCAAAUCGGAGUCUGCCUUUAAAUUGGCCGCGUGAAUGCAAAAAUCCAGGCUUCUGUAUUUGUGCUUUUUACAAACGGGACGUGUGACACUGUGGGGGAAAGACAACCGCCGCGGUCUCAUCCAAACUGUACAGGCCAGCAGUAUCUGAACCAGAUCAAACAGUGCGCGUGUAAAGCGAGCAAAUGGCGUUGAAAAGAAUCCAGAAGGAACUAACAGACCUACAGAGAGAUCCACCAGCUCAGUGUUCAGCCGGACCAGUAGGAGAAGACCUGUUUCACUGGCAGGCAACGAUAAUGGGGCCGAACGACAGUCCGUAUCAAGGAGGUGUUUUCUUUCUGACAAUUCAUUUCCCGACAGACUACCCCUUUAAACCACCAAAGGUCGCAUUCACAACGAAAAUCUACCACCCCAAUAUUAACAGUAAUGGUAGCAUUUGCCUGGACAUCCUACGAUCUCAGUGGUCACCCGCACUUACUGUGUCCAAAGUCCUAUUGUCCAUCUGCUCCCUGUUAUGUGAUCCAAACCCAGAUGACCCCCUUGUACCUGAGAUCGCACAUACAUACAAAGCAGACAGAGAAAAGUACAACAGACUAGCAAGAGAAUGGACGCAAAAGUACGCCAUGUGAGAGUGCCUGCGACUAAAACACUAAAGAAGCAAAAGGACAAAGAAAUGUGUUUUUACUUUUAACAAGAGGAGUAAAAAGCAGUGAAUUUUGAGGGGUGGGGACAACUAAACAACAAACCCUUGGAAGGGAGGCAGGAGAAGGCGGAGGCGAGGAGACUGGCGAAUCCAAAGUCACGUGCCGUUUUCCCAUACCCGCCGUAAGAACGGCUUAGCCUGGAAUAUUCCACGGAAACUGUUAAACCGGACAAAUGUCGGGGUACCACAACCCAGGAAGUUAGACUUGUACUACUGUUAGUUCUAUUCUAAUUGUUAUGGUGAUAUUGUUUUAUUGUUAUUGUGUGUUAAUGUUGCCAUUCUUUCUCAUCUCCGUUUGUCAAUGUGCUCUUAUCUAUGUCAUGUUUUGCUGCAUAAGGAAAUGUCAGGGUGAAGUUGGAAUGCUGGUGACACAUACUCGGUCAUCUCAUUGGAGUCUAUGGGAACCACUGUCAUGUGUGCACUAAAACUGACACAUUUCUGAUUUGACAAGAGACGUGGUUCAACAGAUUCUCAGUUUGAGAUAGAAUGUAAAAAAAGUUUUCAAAAUCGAUAAUGGAAAUCGGACCUUGCUUGAGUCUGUCAGCCAACUUCAUGUCGUAUCCUUGUUAUUUUAUACAACACUAUGAAUGUGAAACUAAAGGAUUAUUUUUACAAACUAGAGCUUUGUGCUGUGAAAAGGGGACAAAUUCGACAUUUUUAAUAGAAGGUUUGCUUAAACCCUUUGUGUUGUUUAUUUGGUCGUAAUCUCCUUUACGCAUUUUUGCUUUUUAAAGUGAUAGUUCACCCAAAAGUAAAAAGUCUGUCAUCAUUUAAUCACCCUCUCGUCAUUUCAAACGUGUAUGACUUCCUUCCUUCCGCAGAACACAAAAGAAGAUAUUUUGAAGAACUGGCCCCCCUUCACAGGCAUUGGUUUUUUGUCGGUACAAUGUGAGCGAAUGGGGGCCAGCGCCCAACUUUCUUCAAAAUAUCUUCUAUUGUGUUCUGAGGAAGGAAGGAAGUCAUACAGUUUUGAAAUGACAAGAGGGUGAGUAAAUUAUAACAGAAUUUUCAUUUUUGAGCGAACUAUCACUUUAAGAUUCGGAUUCACCUCAGCCGCAUGUGCAUGAUAUGGCAGAUGUGUAAGUGUUUUUACUAAGUAUUGUAAAUUGCUUUAGAAACCAUGGCAGAUUUUUAUACGUGUCUUAAAAAAAAUCACCCAACUUGCUUGAGAAAAAAGAAAAAUAGGGGAGCAAAAAUGCUUAGCAGUGUGUAAGAAAAGGCGCCACCACUUUUGCCAAAUGUGAUAAUUCCCCCUUUAGAUUUGCAGGCAAAGGGUACGUCAUAGCGUAUGAAUGCAAUAUUUUUCACCUAUUUAGCGUUUCUUCUACAGAUCUGUCUGCAAGAGUGUAAUUCUUAAUGUUUAGAUGCUCUUGUUACUGUAGUUACUAAUUUUACUAACGUUUUGACUGACUAGAUGGUGCGUUUAAUGUACGACCACCGCCACAGGUGUUGGACUGAAGUACCUGUAUUGUAAAUUGAUUCUUUUCUUGCUUUCAACACACAACUCUUGGCUGCCUAUUUUAAAGUGGAUGCUCAAGAUGUUUACUCGCAGGAGGGAGGGAUCUGAACUGUUGGACAGCUUUCGGUUGGACCGUGUGAACAUCUCACCUUCAGUAGGUGCUGCUCUUCAGAAGCCCAGGCCUCCAUUACACUGAAGAACCCCUUGAAAGGGCUAAAUAUUGUCGAGUUCAAGCGGCAUAUUUGUGUACUGCUACAAAAUAUGUUUGUGUCACAUUUUGUUUCGAAUGUGUCUUUGAAGGGAUAGUUCAUCAUUUACUCAACCUCAUGUUGCUCCCAAUGAUGAAAGUGGGAAGCCAUCAAUCAACAUAUAAAUUGGUGGAAGCAUCAUAGUAGAACACACAACGUGUGGGUAAAUUGGUUUUGAGAAACUGACUGAACUUUGCUAAACAUUAAACAUUGACUGUCAAAAAAGUGAAUUCUCCUUGUGGUCCACAUAAAACUUACAUGAGGUGGAGUAAAUGGCAAAAUGAUCAUUUUUUUGGGUGAACUGUUGCUUUAAGGGUUUUUUUGACACUAUUAAUGGAAAGUAUUCUUUUUUAAGCUGAAUGUCAUGCUAACGUUUCCUUACCUUGACUCAAAGGCUGAAGUUUCCUAUCUGCUAUUUUUUCAUUGCUAAAUGCUGGUAUUGGAAGGUUUUUAUUUAUUUAUUUAUUUCAUUAUUUAUUUGUUGGCUUCAGUGCAGUCUGGACGUAUAAGUUUCUUCUCUUGAACGGUUCAUCCGAGCAACAUUACAUGAGAUUGCGCUAAGGCAGCAUAUAGCACGCUUUGCACUCAACAGGCUACAACCUUUUCAGCAGCUUUUUGCAAGAUAUCAGGGAUUUUUUUUCAGUUCACCUCCCCAAUACCUUCAAUAAAACCUUAGCCUUAACAUGCACUGUAUAAGCAGCAACUGUACCUUUUACCUUUGGAUUUGAGUUUAAACACUUGGUACUGUACCUCUUUGUGUAAUGCAUACACGGAGCCAUAAUUAUUUCUUGCUAACCGUCUGUGCUAACAAGCCCCUGUCAUCUAACCUGCUCUCUCUUCAUGGAAACCAGACUCAGUCCAGCUGAGACUAACCUCCAAGGUGUCAACUUUAGUGAAUAAAGCUCCUUUUGUUUUAUA